AUCGACAAGACAAUUACCUCACAAGGCCAAACAAACAUGUCGUCUUUAAAGGACUUAUUUGAGGGGUUGCCUUUGGACCCCCUCCCACCCAAGAGGUAUCGAGAUGAAACUGUGGCUCACGCACCUGUUAGGACCCCCCACCUAAGUUCUGAGGAGCAGGCGUUAGCCCUGGAAAAUGCCUUGAGAUAUUUCCCUGCAGAAGUGCAUGAAACAUUGGCAGAGGAGUUUGCAGAUGAACUCAGAAAUUAUGGACAUAUCUAUAUGUACAGGUUUAUGCCCGAAACUCAACUGAGAGCAUACCCAAUAGAUGAGAUACCAGCACGCACCCGACAUGCUGCUGCCAUAAUUCAUAUGAUUUUGAAUAACCUUGACCCCAGUGUAGCCCAGUUUCCGCAGGAGCUUGUAACAUAUGGAGGAAAUGGGCAGGUGUUCUCAAACUGGGCACAGUUUCUGCUGACGAUGAAAUAUCUCUCGGAGAUGACGGAUGAACAGACCCUGGUCAUGUAUUCCGGUCACCCUGCAGGACUCUUCCCCAGCUCCUCCUCAGCUCCACGAGUCGUUGUCACCAACGGUAUGGUCAUUCCCAAUUACUCGUCUCGAGAAAUGUAUGAAAAGAUGUUUGCUCUUGGUGUUUCAAUGUACGGACAGAUGACGGCUGGUAGCUAUUGUUACAUAGGACCACAGGGAAUCGUACACGGAACUACGCUGACUGUUUUGAAUGCUGCCCGUAAACACCUGGGAUGUACGGAUAUGACAGGAAAGGUGUUUGUGUCCUCCGGUCUGGGUGGUAUGAGUGGAGCUCAACCAAAGGCUGGAACCAUAUGUGGCUGUAUCAGUGUUGUUGCCGAGGUCAGCAAAGAAGCUUUGGAAAAGAGAUACAACCAAGGAUGGGUGAUGAAGACGACAGGGGAUUUGACGGAAUGUGUCAGUCUCAUACGCCAGGCCAAGAAACUGAAGAGGAAAUGCAGCAUUGGAUACCACGGAAAUGUGGUGGAUUUGUGGGAGCGUUUGGUUUCUGAGUACGAGAGUACCGGAGAGUUAUUAGUGGAUCUUGGGUCAGAUCAGACCAGCUGUCACAAUCCCUUCCUGGGAGGAUAUUACCCAGAUCAGUUAUCCUAUGAAGAAGCGAGAGUUGAAAUGCAUGAAAAUCCUGUAAGAUUCAAGAACUUGGUUCAGGAAAGUUUAAGACGUCAGGUAGAUGCCAUCAAUAAAUUGUCAGCGAGAGGAAUGUAUUUCUUUGAUUAUGGAAACGCCUUCCUUCUGGAGGCUGGGCGAGCAGGGGCGGAUGUAGGAAAAAAGUCAGGGGUGACAGGAACAACUUUUCGGUACCCUUCAUACGUUCAAGACAUCAUGGGGGACAUAUUCUCAUUGGGGUUCGGUCCGUUCAGGUGGGUAUGCACGUCAGGUAACCCUGGUGAUUUAGAUACGACAGAUGAAAUCGCCACUUCUGUUCUAGAGGACAUGAUAAACAAAGGGGUUCCGUUGAGCACUAAACAGCAGUAUGAGGACAACAUCAGAUGGAUAAAGGAAGCUAAUCAAAAUAAGCUGGUUGUUGGAUCACAAGCCAGAAUACUUUACUCAGACCAGAAGGGCAGAACAGAAAUAGCUACAGCGUUUAAUGAAGCAGUAGGCAGCAAAAAACUAAGGGGUCCAGUGGUGAUCAGUCGUGACCAUCAUGACGUCAGCGGUACGGACAGUCCAUACAGAGAAACUUCCAACAUUUAUGACGGGUCAGCAUUCUGUGCAGAUAUGGCGGUACAGAACUGUAUUGGGGAUGCUUUCAGAGGAGCCACUUGGGUGGCGCUCCAUAAUGGUGGGGGUGUAGGAUGGGGUGAAGUAAUCAAUGGAGGUUUUGGAUUGGUGUUGGACGGAUCUAAGGAAGCUGUGGAGAAAGCCAGGAGAAUGCUAGCCUGGGAUGUCUCAAAUGGGGUAAAUCGUAGAUGUUGGGCUGGAAAUGCAAAGGCUGAGGAGACCAUAUGUAGAACCAUGGAGGAAAACCCAGGACUCAAAGUCACUGUGCCAUAUCAUGUCCAAGACAAGGACCUCCUGAAAAGGGCUCUAAAUGACUAGAUACAUUCACUCUCCUAAAAAGGCUUUAAAGGAUUAGUUUCCUUCACUCUCAAAAAAGGGACUAGAUCUAUUCACACUU